UGAUAUUUUUAUUCAGGGUAUUGUAAUUAUGUUGUUAUAUAAAGUCUAAGCUACUGGAAUAUUCAAGUCAUCGUCGUCAUGGUGACACAGGGAUUUGAUUCCCAACUUCUUGGAAAGCCGUCACACGAGGCGCUAGUGAAACUACAGGAUUAUGAAUUGAAGUUACUGGAUGUUAUUAGAAAGACUGUCCUAGCUCGGAUUAAAUGCGACAAGGAUUAUGCGCAAUCUCUACUAUCAGUAGCAACAACAGGAGGAAAGAUAGAGCCUCCGACACAUUCAAGCCCACUGUAUGAGGCCUGGCAAGAACUAGUCCGCAACAUGAGUACGCUGGGUCAAUCAUUCAAGCAUCAUUCUGAUAAACUGCAAUCAGCAACUAUGGAUAAGAUAAUGAAUCUUUCCAAAGAUAAGCAUUCAAUAAGAAAAUGUUACGUUGAAAAAAGAGAAAAAAUGGAUUCUGAACUGAUAAAGAUUAUAAUGACAGAGCUUGACAAGCGACAUAACCAUUAUGUGAAAACAGAGAAAGAAGCCAGCAUUGCUAAAAGGGAUUAUGAUCAGGCAGUUGACAAAGGAAAAACCCCUGCAAUCGAGAAGAGCCAAGAUAAAUACAAGAAAGGAACAAUGAAGCUGCAUCAGAGCCAUAAUGAUUAUGUGUUACAUAUUACUGAAGCUACACAUCAUCAGCAUUAUUAUAGAUACACUCUACUUCCUGAGCUGAUGGGAAAUUUAAAUUAUAUGCAAACAGAGGCAGCUGCUACAUUGAAAGAGAUUCUUCUUGAGUUUGUGCAGACGACGUCUCCAAUUACUGAUGAAAUUUGUUCGAGUCAUCGAGAAGCAGAAAGCCGAGUUCAAGGUCUGAUAUCUGAGGAAGAAUAUAAUGAUUUCAUCCAGACCAAAGCAACUCCUCUUGAAAUGGAAGCCCAUAUUGGUUUUGAUCAUACUUUACUGAAAGGAGAGGCCGAUAAGUUGCCGGAGAAUGAACUUGUGCUGAAUGCUCUGAGCAUACAAGGAAUUGAACAUGCUUGCCAUACUUUCCAAGAAGAUUUAGACACGGUCAAAGAACUAUUGGAUCAAGAUCGCCAAGCUCUACAAAGCCUGCAUCAGGAAAUCGAGCAGAUUACUAACAAUCUAGAUAAUCUGAGACGGAAUUUUGAAGAAUCACACAUCGGUCUGCUCAACAAAAAGUUGGAAUACACAAAUUUGAAGUUAAAAUUUGUUGAGAAUGAAGUUACUGAGAAGAAGUUACAGGAACAACACACAAAAACAUCAAGUUGUAUCAAUUCUCUCGGUGACAGUAUGCCACCGCCUGGGCUAAACCUCCCAGCACUGGACUCCAUCAGCACCAGUUCGUCUACAAGUGACAUUAAAAGUCCCAAGACUCCAGCUGGUGGAGGAGGACUGAGAAGUAUUUUUCCCUUCAAGCAGAAAUCGACGAAAACACAGAAAGACUCCAAGAAUAAUAUUUUUGAUACAUCCAAAGACAUUCGGGAUCAGGAAUGGUUCCAUGGUUCAAUUCCUCGGAACGAGGCGAACGCUUUGCUGCUCAGUAACGGAGAUUUCUUACUCAGAGAAAGCCAUAAUUCUCCCGGGGAUUUCGUACUCUCCGUUCUACACGAGGGAACUCGCAAACACUUUAAAGUCAACAGGACUCCUAAUGGCAAGUUCAAGUUUGAAGUGGAACAAUGCAACACCAUAGUAGAACUAGUGGAAUCUCACUAUACGAAAGGAUUGUAUAUCACCAAGCAGUCACAAUGCGUCAUCGCAAAACCAAUAGUUAAGGACAAAUGGUCGCUCAGUCAUGCUGAUCUUGAACUUGGAGCCAGACUUGGCCGAGGAAAUUUCGGGGAUGUUUUUAGAGGCAUAUUUUUAAGAAUGAAAAUAUUGAUCGAUUAUUACGUUGCAGUGAAAACUUGUCGAGAGAACGUUGAUCAGAGAACGAGAGAUAAAUUCCUAAUGGAAGCAAGAAUUCUUAAAGGAUAUGACCACCCUAACAUUGUACGAUUGAUUGGUGUAUGUACCGAUAUGCAGCCAGUGUAUAUUGUUAUGGAACUCGUUCCAGGUGGUGAUCUAACUAAACAUCUGAAGAAAAGCGUCAACAUGCUGCAAAGUAAACAACUUGUGAAGAUGUGCAUGGAUUCCUGUUCAGGAUUGAACUAUUUGGAGGAAAAGAAAUGCAUUCACAGGGAUGUUGCCGCCCGUAACUGUCUCAUAACGGACGAUGGAGUCGUCAAGAUUACUGACUUUGGGAUGUCUCGUGAGGAAGAGGAUGGCGUGUACAGCGUAUCUGGAGGAAUGAAACAGAUUCCUAUCAAAUGGACGGCACCAGAGGCUAUGAACUAUGGCACAUACACCCAUGCAAGUGACGUUUGGAGUUUUGGAGUCCUUGUUUGGGAAAUAUUCUCUUACGGUAAAGUUCCGUACCCGGGACAGACCAACACACAAGCAAGAGAAGGGAUUGAGAGAGGGCAAAGAAUGCAAAACCCUCACGGCUGUCCUGACCGAAUGUAUAAUGACGUUAUGUUAAAAUGUUGGGAUGCGGAACCCACAAGGCGGCCUAAAUUUGCUGAGUUGCUGAAAAUUAUCAAAGCUAUAAGAGUGUGAUAGAGGCAUGGCAUCUUAGUUUAAACCGUGGCAUUUCAUAGUGCCAUGCUUGAUUUGUCUUUGAUGCCUCUCGCUGGAGAUACCAUUGAUGAAGUGUCACACAUCACAAAAUAUAUAUCAUGUUUUCUGUGAUGUUAUGUGUGGCAUUUCCAUGAUGUCACUUAUUGACUUUGGUGCCUCUGGUGUGAGUAUUCACAGACAGAGUAUCACAUAAUGUAUUGUAUCUGUCAUGUCAUAUCUGAUGUUUCUUGUGGCAUUUCUAUGAUGCCAUGGCACAUAUUGACUUUGGUGUCCCUGGACAUGGUAACACGGUUAAAGAAUGUUUCCAUUUAAUUAUUCAUACCUAAUGCAUUUAUCUGUGGCAUUGAUAAGAUGCCACGCCAUGUAACUGCCUUGAAUUCCUGCGCUAGUGGCAUUAGUUUGCUUACUCAUACAAAUGUAUACAUUUGCGGACCAGGGCUAGUUGCAAUCAUAACAUGUAUUUGAUGCCACAUUUUUAUGUUAAUGCCCCUUUAUUCAGAACAUCGUCGUAAUAUCAUAUAUCGUUUUGCUGUUUGAAAUUUUACCACUAAAUAGCCCUAUUAAGUCAUUUGCCUUUUUCAGCAUAAGUUCUGUAAUUUGCUCAUUUAAGUGAGUCUAGGCAAUGUAGAAAUAGGAAUUUCAUUGUUUUUUUAUUUUAAUAUUAAUAAUCGAAGCAGUAAUCCUGAGAAGCAUUUUAAUGUUUUUAUUUCAUUUUUUAUUUCUUCUUACUCUUGUCAAUACCUGAUUUAUCAGUACUUUUUCCUCUAUCAAAUUAUGUAACAGUUUUAUAAGGCUAAUAAUAUGAAAUAAUGUGACUAUAACUUUCAUCUUAACUGAGGAGGGGAAAUACCCUUUCUUUCGUUUCCGAAGGAAUCAACUUGUUAUUAUGAGUUUAUUUUUAUAAAUUUCACCCAGAUUUUUAGAUUUCGAAAGAAAAAUUCAUUUCUAUAGUCAACUUGUUACGCUGUCAACUUAAAAAAAAUCCAAU